AUGCCUCUCUCCAAACUCCUCGAAAUCAACCUCAUCUCCGCUCACGACCUCCCCCCUCUCUCCGCCACGCUCCGCACAUUCGCCGUUGCCUACGUCUCCCCGGACCACAAACUCACCACCAAAACCGACCACCACGGCCACACCAACCCCUCCUGGAACUACAAGAUGCUCUUCCACGUCCCCAAAGACUUCCUCACCCUACCCUCCGCCUCCCUCACCGUCGAAAUCUACAACAUCGCCCGCCUCCGCGACCUCCCCAUCGGCACCGCCCGCCUCCACCUCCCCACCCUCUCCCCUCCCCUCACCCAAAACAGCGGCUACCGCCUCCUCUCCCUCCCGAUCUGCCAACCCUCCGGCAACCUCAAGGGGACACUCAGCCUCGGCAUCCAGCUCAUCGAUAUGGACGACGACAUCAGCCUCUCCUCCCUCCGAAUUACCGACGAAAAUUCCGUUGCUAACGAAAAGGCCAGAAUUAGCGACGAAAAUUCCGUUGCUAACGAAAAGUUCAGUGUUAGCGACGGAAUGUCAAUAUCCGUUGCUAAUAAAAAUAGUAACGAAAAUCGAAAUGGCCCGGAUGAGAGGCCGAGGCCGAGGCCUAGGCCGAGGCGGAAGAAGGGGAUGUACGAUGGAGACGGGGCGGGGUACGGGAGUUCGAUAUUGAAGAACUGGACGGUGGGGGGGAGUACGUGCGAGGGGAUACCGGAAAAUGUGGAGGAGGGGAAGGAAAUGGAGAUUGAUCAACGGUGGAAGAGGAAAAGUGGGCUGUUUAAGUGCUUCUCUAAUAAAUUCAGAUUGAAGAAGAAGGUGGGAAAUGUGGAUACACUUCAUCAUAGAUCGCAAUCAGAUGGAGGUUUGGGAAAGUUUUAUAGCUGA